ACAAAAUCAACCCACGUGACAGGGAAACAUGGCUGCCUCCUGAAGAAACGCGAGAGAAAAUGUCAGAAGCAGCUGCGUGUAGUUUAUAAACUUGUAUUAUUUGUAUUAGUAUUAGUUGUAUUCCUUUGAGCAGGUGUGUAUAAUAUAAUAAUCGCGGGGAGAUGUUCAGCGUGGCGGUGAGGAGAUUCGCGCUCCCGGGGAGAAGGAAACUCUCAGCGCAAGGUGAACUCCUGCACCGCUGCCUGUCACGGAGCUCCUGCGCCUGUGGGAAGGUUCUGCCACGGAAAAAGCCCCGGGAAGUGCCGGAAAUCAGGGGACUGGAGCGCGUCACCUACGCAGAGAGGAAGCACUAUGUUCCCGGCUUGGCGAGGCCCGUGUUCCCGGACUGGGAGAAGGACUGGCACGACCCGGGCCGAUACCGAGCUCCUGCAGCCGAGAGCAUGGAGCUGUACAAGGAGCAGCCGUGUUACAUCUACACCCAGAGAACCAACGCUCUGGAGGGUGUGAAACAGGCGUCAUGGCUUACGAAGUCUAAAGUCAUCACAGGGUUUCCUGCUCAGAUCCUGGCGUUAGCAGAGAAUCCAGCCAAUCAGCUGGAGGACCAGGACGAGCGCGUGCAGAACGCCAUCAGACACGCUCGCUUCUGGGACACGAACGAAUCUCGUCCUCCUCAACAGAGAUACUGUCCGUCUCUGUUACACAACCUGCUCCACCUGUGCCGAGGUCAGCAGGUCUCUCAUCCGGCCCUCGCUCACAGGAUUCUGGCUCAGAAAUACAUCCUGUCAGCCACCUGGACCAGAGGUGGGGAUCGGUUCCAGGUGCGAGGGCAGAACGGCAUCCUGUUAAACAGCACGACUUCACUUCCUGCUGUGGCUGGAGACGAGGAGAUCCGUGCCACGUCCGAUUACGUCCUGGAGACCUUUUACCCCAUCUCCCCCACCAUCGACCUGCAGUGUGCCAACGUCUACGAGCUCCGAAACCACACCGGUUUCAGGGAGGAUUACCCGUACCCUUUCGCUCACACACUCUUCGUGACCGAGGCUGGAGAUGCACCUAAACUGAAACCCGAGCAGUUGCGAGCGAAACUGGUGAUGUUUGCGUUUGGGAACGCUCUGGCUCGCGCCCGCGCUCUUUACGGAAACGAGUCCAGGGUUCUGGAGAAGCCCGUCGUCGUGCAGAGCGUCGCUACCAACGGGCGUCUGUUUCAGUUCAUAGUUUUCCAGCUAAACACCACGGACCUGGAUUCUGACAGCGGAGUGAAGAACCAGGUUUGGGUCGAUGCCGAUCAGCAGCUCUAUGACUUCGCCAAGGUCCGGCCUUUCAUCAAGAAGAAGGUGGUGAAGGUUCCUGCCGGUUUGUCUGGAUAUCGUCCAGAAACCUUCAAGAAAUUCCUGGCACUUUACCUUCAUGGGGCCACAAACUGAAACCUCCGAACUUUUUUUUUUUCCCCUCUGUGCCGUGUUUCUUUAAUAUUUCACCACAAUGUAAAAUAAAUUAAAAAAAUAAACCGAAA